AUGCAAAAGAUCUAAAUGCCAUACUUACCCAGAAAAACAUUUUUUCUUCUGCCAAUUCUAUAUACAACACAAAACUGUAACCCUCGAAAUUAGUGAAAAUAUAUCAUAAACAUUUAGGUCAAAAUAAAAAAAAAUUAUUAAAUAUAAAUUAAAAUAGAUAUAGAUAGAUAGAUAAAUAAAGGAAAUUAAUUACAAAAACGAAUGCUCCCCUUCCUUAGUCCGUUAUUCAACUAUUACUUAGUAUAUCUUAACUGGUCAGCUGGCUAAUGACAAUUUCCAAAAAAAGUACCAGUUAACAAACGAUUUAAUAUAAAACGAUGUGUUGUUAAAAUUAUUUGGUAUUAUGUUUUAAAGUGUAUGAUAAAGAAAAUAAUCCCCAUUAUACUACCCUUACGCAUUACAGCAACGAUAGUGGUUCGAUAGAUCGAGUUCCCUAAAAGUAUGCAACGUCACCAUAAUAUCACCGCACCCAAGGUCAUUUCUACACCCUACUUUUCUUCACUCAACUAACGCAAGUAGUGAAACACUGUGCACUGUAUUGUGUUCACAUUUUUUAUCGUCUGUCGAUAAACUACUUUAAGACAAGCUGUGAAUUGUCCAAUUUCUCUUAUUUACGUUCUUAAAUCACACUCUGCUUCAUACAUAACUUUAUAUUGAUGCAAAGAACAAGAGAUCGUAUAAUAUUAAUGUAUAGACUGCUCACUCACACUUUCAACAAAAUUGCUUCCGAAGGUAAAAAAAUAGCAAUACGGACCUGCGCUCUAUUAAUAUACUACGAGGAUUGUCGCCGUACACUCAAAUGACGCACUUAAAGUGUCGCAAACCAUAAUCGAAGCAAAUGGACAAGACGAAAACAAACUUGACGUUCUCUAUAACAAGAGUUCGUCGUUCGAAUGAUGUAAAACAUACAGAGCCAGAAUUCAAUAAUACCGCACUGCGCGGAGUGUACGAAACGGAUUUUAUCACUUAUUUGUCAAAACUUAACCUUCGCGUUGUGUAUACUACAAGUAUUAAGAAAGAUAUACAUGUUGAUAAUAAAUUUGUCUUAUUUUUACGCGCAAAUUAAAUGCGAGUGUCCUUUCGUCGGUUGUGAAAAUAAGAAAUAUGGAAUUUGUUAUCGGCGGCACCGCAGCGAUGGGUGCCUGUUUGUUUACGAAUCCUCUGGAAGUAUUGAAAACGCGUCUGCAACUACAGGGUGAACUGAAAGCCAAAGGUCAACACGCCAUCCACUAUAAGAACGUGUUUCACGCUGGUUAUGUGGUUUUGAGAAACGACGGCAUGCUGGGACUUCAGAAAGGUUUAGUGCCCGCACUUUGGGUUCAACUGAUCAUGAAUGGAACUAGGUUAGGUGUAUUCGACUGGGCGAAUUCCCGCGGCCUAUUAAAGGACAAAAAUGGAAGGAUAGUGUUUUUUCAAAGUGUUCUAGUGACUGGCGUUGGCGCGACUAUAGGACAGUACUUGUGCAACCCGUUUUUCUUAGUGAAAACUCACAUGCAGGCUCAAGCUGCGUCGCAAAUUGCUGUGGGAUUUCAACAUAACCACGAAGGUUCUUGGAAAGCACUAAAAAUUAUUUACGAAGGUUACGGGGUUAGGGGAUUAUUUCGCGGAGGCGCAGCUAGUGUUCCCAGAGCGUUCGUCGGGGGUUCCGCGCAACUGAUAUCGUUUGAGUAUGCCAAACAACUGAUACAAUCUUACGGCAUCACGGAACAUUUCCUUUUAAAAUCCUUUUUGGGAAGCAUGGUCGGUGGAGUAUCUCUUACAAUAGCGAUGACCCCGUUUGACUUAAUUUUGACCAGGCUGUACAAUCAACCAACGGAUGAAAAGGGAAAAGGCUUAUUGUAUAGAAACUACGGCGACUGCAUAGUUAGAAUUUAUAAAACCGAAGGUAUUUUGGCGUUCUACAAAGGGAUUGGACCAAUGUACUUGAGAUUAGGUCCCCAUACGGUACUGUGCCUCGUAUUCUGGGAUAUUUUGAAGAAUGUCUACGAUAAAUAUUUUUUAACUAACCCGGAAAAUUUAUAACAGUUCGUUCUAGCUAAAAAAAAUGUUCAUUUAACAAAAAUUUGUAUA